GCCGCAGAUGUUAGAUGAAUUAUUGUCAACCACAAUUUCCCUUGGUCGCGGCUUCAAGAUAGUGUUCUCCUUCCAAGUUUUUCCUCUCUUCCUCUUUUUUUCUUCUUCUUUGGUUGAAGGAAGAGGGCGAUGGUGAACAUUGAGGAGAUCACCAAUGUCACCGAGUAUGAGGAGCUCGCCAAGCAGCGGCUGCCCAAGAUGGCCUUCGAUUACUACGCUUCCGGCGCCGAGGAUCAGUGGACGCUCAAAGAGAAUAGAACCGCCUUUGAGCGAAUCAGGUUUCGUCCACGAAUCUUGGUGGACGUGACGAAUGUGGAUAUGACUACCACCGUGUUGGGUUUUAAGAUCUCAAUGCCCAUCAUGGUUGCGCCGACCGCGUUUCAAAGAAUGGCCCAUCCAGAAGGUGAGCUUGCAACGGCAAGAGCAGUAUCAUCCCAUGGAACUAUAAUGACGCUCUCGUCUUGGGCUACUAGUAGCGUGGAGGAAGUCGCGUCAACUGGUCCAGGAAUUCGAUUCUUCCAGCUUUACGUUUACAAGGAUAGAAACGUUGUGGCUCAGCUGGUCCGACGAGCUGAGAAAGCUGGUUUUAAGGCCAUUGCAUUAACAGUAGACACGCCAAGGCUUGGACGAAGAGAAUCGGACAUUAAGAACAGAUUUGUUCUACCGGGUCACUUGACCCUUAAGAACUUCGACGGACUGGAUCUCGGGAAGAUGGACAAGUCUCAAGAUUCUGGACUAGCCACCUACGUUGCGGGACAGAUCGAUAGAUCUCUGAGCUGGAAGGAUGUCAAGUGGCUGAAAACAAUCACUAGCCUUCCCAUCCUCGUGAAAGGAGUUAUAACAGCCGAAGACGCACACAUCGCUGUGGAGGCUGGAGCAGCCGGGAUCAUCGUUUCAAACCAUGGAGCUCGACAGCUCGAUUACGUGCCGGCAACAAUCAGCGCGCUGGAAGAGGUUGUGCAAGCUGCCGCUGGAAGAGUUCCCGUGUUCUUGGACGGAGGCGUUCGCAGAGGAACUGAUGCUCUCAAAGCCUUGGCGCUUGGGGCUGCUGGAGUUUUUAUCGGAAGACCCGUCGUGUUCUCUCUCGCCGUUCACGGCGAAACUGGAGUGAGAAAAGUCCUCCAGAUGCUACGCGACGAAUUCGAGAUUGCAAUGGCGCUGGCCGGGUGCACCAAAGUGAGCGAGAUCAACAGGAGUCACGUUGAGACAGACAUUGAUAGAAUCCGCAUCGCUGCCAGGCUCUAGUUCUCUCUUUCUCUCUGUCUCACUAUAAACAGUAUCGAUCGUGUUUCACAAGUUAAACAAUGGCAUCUAAUAAUUACUUGUGAUAUUGUUCGAUGAAUGAUUGAAUCAUUAUACUUCU